AUGGGGCCGGGGUUCGACUGUCUGGGAAUUGCGCUGGACAUCUGGAACAUCGUCACCGUCGAGGUCGGCGAGUCUGGGUUCGAGAUCUCAGGAGAGGGUGAGGACGAGCUCCCUUGGGACGAGUCCAACCUUGUCUUUCAGAGCAUCACGCGGGUGUUCGAGGAGUGCGGCCGGUCGAUGCCGCCACUAUCGGUGCGGUGCCACAACGAUAUUCCCGCGACGCGCGGUCUCGGAUCUAGCUCUGCCGCAUUGGUGUCCGGGCUGACAAUUGGCAAUGAGCUGUGCGGUGGACUGCUUGAGCAGGACGACCUGCUGCAGAUAGCAGCGUCCAUAGAGGGCCACCCGGACAACGUCGCGCCCUCUAUCUACGGGGGGAUGCAGAUUGCGGUCAGCCAUGACGACAGGGUCGUCAGCGCGCCGGUCCCGGUCCCGGAUGAGCUGUCCGCGGUACUCUUCGUUCCGAAUGUGCCCAUGCCGACAAAAGAGGCGCGAGGACUGUUGAAGAGCGAGGUGCCGAGGUCGGACGCCGUGUUCAAUAUCGGCAGAGCGGCGCUUCUCGUCAGCGCUAUGGUGACCGGCGAUCUCAAACGUCUGGGCAUUGCCACAGAGGACCGGCUGCAUCAGCCUGCGCGGCAGACCAUAUUCUUUCCGAUGAACAACAUCAUCCGCGCCGCCAGGGGCGCAGGCGCCCUUGGAGCUUUUCUGUCCGGUGCGGGCUCGACCGUACUCGCCCUGGCUACGGAGAAGGAGUUCACCAUCGGGUACGAGAUGGCCGAUGCCGCCGUGAAGUCCGGCCUGGAUGGCGAGGUGCGUAUCACACGUCCGACGGAUCGAGGUGUACAUGUGGUGCGCUCGUAA